AUGAGACGCGUGGCAUUGCAAAUCAACUCGGUGAGAAUCGAAAUUUACCCAGAUGCUGGUUCAUGCUCACAUAAGACAAGCACUGAUCAGGCUGAAAAUGCUCCAGAGAGUUUGAAUCAUGAAGCCUUCCUUGAAUCAGAGGAUUGGCGACCUCAAGUCUUAAAUGAAAACUUACUUGCUGCCGAAGGUCUCUUGUGUGCUGAAAUUGAUGGCAGUCCCAAUAUUGUUGUGGAAGAGGUUCAUGUUGGUGUGAUUCUUGAGAUGGGGUCAAGGGAAGGAAAGAUUAUUCUCAGCUGCAUUUCAACAGCCCUGUCUGAUUUCUACCAUCUGCAUAAUAACUACAGCACAAGAGUAAUUCUGCACACCAGAGAUUCCAAAGGAAAAGCACUACAUGCUCUAUCAGCUGCUCUAAAUCUUUUGGAUAAGAUCAAAGUGGAAGCAAUAAUUGGCGCACAAACAAAAAUGGAAGCAAACCUAUUGGCAGAGUUAGGAGAAGAAGCUAAAGUCCCUGUAUUGUCACUUUCUGGACUUUGUACUAGUCCUUUCGGUGCUCCUGGCGAAUAUCCCUUCUUUGUUGAGAUCACACAAGAUGAAACUUCUCAAGUUACGGCAAUCAGUGGCCUUAUUGAAAUGUUCAAAUGGAGGGAUGUCAUCCUUCUAUAUGAGAACACAGAUUAUGGGAGAGACAUCAUUCCAUUUUUUAUCAACUCCUUUGAAGAAGCAAAUGUGACUAUUGUAUAUAAAAGUUGCAUUGCUGCCUCCUCAGCAGAUGAACAGAUCAUUGAAGAGCUCCGCAACCUCACGAAGUUGAAGACGAUGGAUCCUAACAUAGAAGUAAGUGCGGUAACCCCAGAUGGAAUUUGGGCAUAUAAUGCAACUUGGACUCUAGCUGAAGCAGUUGAGAGGACCUGGACUUCUACAGGAUUGAACCUAGUGAAUUUAAACAAUAUUACAUCCUCCAAACAUGGACUUCUGCUUCUUCAAGAGAUAUUGCAAACAAGGUUUAAGGGUUUAAGUGGUGAAGAAAUUCAAUAUCCAAAUGGGAAGCUAGUUUCAAGUGCAUUUGAGAUUGUAAAUGUCAUAGGAAAAGGGGAAAGAAGGGUUGGAUUUUGGCCAUGUGAAGAAAAACACACAAGAGAUUCCUACACACUUAAUAACAGAAGAAAUUUACUUUCCACCAACGAUCUCGAAACAAUCAUAUGGCCUGGAGGAUCAUCAACCAUCCCAAAAGGUUCAAAGAUGCAAGUGAGUACUAGUUCUGAAAUAAAACUAAGAGUUGGCGUUCCAGUGAAAAAAGGGUUCAACGAACUUGUGCAAAUGAACCUUGAUAUUCAAACCAAUCGAACAAAUUUCACAGGCUUCUGCAUAGAUGUAUUCGAGGCUGCAAUUAGAGCAUUGCCGUAUGAAGUAAAUUAUGACUUUAUUCCAUUUGAGAUUGGCAUUAAUGCAAGUUACAAUGAUCUUGUUUACCAAGUUUUUCUCCAGACAUUCGAUGCUGUUGUUGGGGAUACCACGAUCACAUCGAAGAGAUCUCAAUCUGUGGAUCACAAGUGCGGGUUUCUUUAUCUUCACUGGUUUCGUAGUGUGGGUAAUUGA